AGCAUCGGUGCUGUUUCGUUCAUUCGCUGAAUCCAGGUCGAAGUGGGAAAGAAAAAAGCCCCAGCGCUCUCAGUCGCCGUAUGCUGCGGGCCGCGCACAAGACACUUCAUUGGCCUGUCGCCGUUCGCGUCGUCGCAGCCCGCGUCCAUCAGGCCCGUUUGGCAUCGUCCAAUAUCAAAUCGCGUAUUCAAGGGUGUAUAAACGACCUGGCCAAGGUCAAAGUGGCUUUGAACUGCGACCACGUGACGAACAACUCGUUUCAUUCGCUCGGAACAGCCGCGUACAGUUGCGUCCGGUGCGGUGUCCGCAUCGACUCAUCAUCGAAAGCGUACUUUUUCGUUCAAGCGCUGGACGUAGCCAUGUUUGAGUACCCAUUGUUGACGUUGCGCCCAAAAUUGCUGCAGCUCUUGAGCCGGCUUGAGACAGGCUUGGAGGACCUGCAGUCGUUCUGCCGACAACAUCGCGUCGAGGUGGAAACCACCGCGGCGUUGCUCAUCCAGCGCAUGGCUCUUCUGCACAUUCGGCGAAAGCGCGAUAGAAACGCAGCCAGUCAAGUCCUAUACUCAAUGAAAGCGUUUGAACGACGCCAACGGCGUCGACAAUGUGCCCGGGAGUUGCUUCAACUUCAAUGUCGCAUUCGACGAAAGCCAAUCAAAUUGCAGCACAUUGUGGAAACGGCAGUUUCAUUGGCUCAACUUCCAAUCGACGACACCAGAGAUGACAAGUUCCAGCUCACAGAAAUGUGUGGCAGCACUGCGCUCGGGGCCUUUGAGCAGGCCGCAAUGACUCCUGCCAGCGAAGUGAUGAUGCAAACGUCGUCUCAGUUGACACCGCCACUACUCGCGUCCGGAACGACGUCAUCGUGUCGAUUGGUUGUAGAAUCCUUGCCUGCGGUGCUUCCACGUAUUUCGCCCGAUUCCCCGGAAAUACACCGAUGUUUUGCCCCACAGUGCGGCGGACAAAAGUUUCACAACAAAAAGUGGUUUGCCCAACACAUGGAUAAGCACGCGACGGCCAAGAAGCGCCGACAGGACGAAUCGUCGUUCCUGGCGCGGAUGCGGAGCCAAGCGUUGCCGGCACUUCGACAACAUGUGAUCGUUCCACCGCCAGUUCCACUGCCUACGCCAAAUUGCAGUUUACCCCAGCUGUAUAACCCCAAAUCGGCGUCCAUGCUCAUGCAAUUGGUCCGCCUCGACGCAUCGUGUGCAUCUGAUGCGCAAGUGAUCCGCAUUCAUAACGACGACGUCACGACGAACGGAAUGGUAUUAGGACGCAGUGCCAAGCAUUGCGACGUGAUCGUUGACUGCCCCAAAUAUCCGGGGCUGGUGAGCAAACAGCACCUUCGGGUCAUCGUCGUCGACAAUACCGCGGUGAUGGUGGAAGACUUGGGAAGCAAGAACGGGACAUACGUCAACGGCAAUAAACAGCACCAGCGCACAGAACUGCAUGUGGGUGACACGAUUGAGCUAGGUCGCGUGAAGCACCGCACAGAGAGCGGCGUUGUGCUCGUUUGCCACCAUCCCAACCGCACUACUUCAAUGUUGUGAAAUUGGAGGAUAUCCGGAUUGCAGGGAUUCAUCCGAAAAUCGCCG